CGAGCUCUUUUUCCACUUUACUUUCUCUUAGCUUUCGCUUCGCAUCGAUAUUGAAGCAUUAAAAGAGAUGAAGAGUUGCAGAGCUUGAAAAGAUCUUUCAAUGGCGAAUCCUCCAAGAAUCCGCAAAAGGGUUCAUGCAGUUCGUCGUGCUCCUGAUGGAAGUGCCUUUGAGAAGUGCGACAACUGUGGUGCUUCGGUGCCAAUUGCUUUGGCUGAUAUGCACGAAUGCGAAGCUCAACCCAAAACGGCUGUGAAGAGAUUCAAAGGUCUCAAUGGGAAGCAAAACAUUGUGGAACGAUGCUAUAGUGACCAACCCAGAUCGCCUUUUCGAAUCUUUAUGGAAGAUUUUAUGAACACUUGCAAGAAGAGGAAAUUGAUUGACAUUGAUCGAAAAGGGUUUGAGAUUUGGAGAAACAUGUCCAAGGAGGAAAGGCAGCCAUAUGUCAACAACGCUACAAAGGUGAACUUAGCUUAUCUUAAAAGUUUGAUUCAAGAGGUUCACGAUUCAUCAGAGGUGGAUGAAGAGGCAGAUUCAGCAAUGGUGGGGAAGUUUGAUCCGUUCUAUGAAGACUAUGGAUACAAUGACAACUCUGAUAGCUUUGAUAGCAUGGGAGGAUUUGAAAGUUUAAACACCUGGGAAUGGGAAAUGGUGAAACCCUGGAUUGCUGAGAGUUCUCGAUAAUAUCAAAGACUGGCCUAAAGAUUCCCUUGCAUUGGACUUAAAAAACCUAAAUAGGCAAUGGUGUGGAUAAUUUUUGCCAUGAUCCACUUUCUCAAAAGGCAAGUCGUUUGGCUAUUGUAAGGUAACAAUAGGAGUUGAGGUUUCCAACCAAAAUCGUUGGCUAUUCUUCCUUUGUAGAGUUCAAAAGGUUUCACAUUUUGGGUUGUGCUCUAGAAUUUUUAUUGGGGAUAGAAAGUGUGAACUUGAUACUUGAAAGGAAGCAUUUUGCCUAUAA